AUGUUGACAUACAAGUAGGUUAGAUGAACACUUGUUCACCGCUGUGUGUCUGUGUCACUUUCCGAUUUAGGUGGAAGCGGGCGGAGAGUCGCUACACCAUCGAGCGGGCCUCCAUCAUCAGCCACUGGAACUGGCUCCAGGCCCACAUCUCAGACCUGGAGUACCGCAUCCGCCAGCAGACAGACGUCUACCGACAGAUCCGUGCCAACAAGGUACAGCACCGCCUCAACAUUGGGCUAAAUAUGCCAUUUAGCAGACGCUUUUAUCCAAAGCGACUUACAGUCAUGCGUGCAUAAUAUAAAAGUAAUAUGGUAAUUUCAUCCAAAGCGACUUGCAGAAGUGACAACCUUGUCACUGACAUAUAUUCAGUAUAUGUGGCCCAUGCGGUAGUCAAACCCACAACCCGGGUGUUGCUUCUACCAUGCUCUAACCCACUUAACCAUUUGAAUGACCAUUUCUGUCCAGACCUGCAGCAUGUACAUGUGAAAGUGGCUUGUAAAGAGAUUAGCAUGAGCAGUGCCACAGAUGCCGUGUAGCCUAAAUUUGGAGUGCCACUAUUCACUCUAUUGUGGUAGUACUAGUACAAAUAUGGCCUACAUAAACGUCCUAUACACGUUAUGCCGUCUUUUUUAAGAUAAGAUAAGGUCUUAAUUGUUGGACAUUUAAGUGCAGCAACUUUCACAUAAAAUAAAUCACAUUAUGCGUCACAUAAUACAAAAGUAGUAUACAGCAGGUAAAUUACACCAUGUGUAGGAUGUGGGUUUGUCUCUCGCUGUGGAUGGUAGCCUAUACAGUAUUAUGUAAUGUCUGUGGCUGAUGUACGGUAUUUGACUCCACCCUCAGGGCUCAGUGGAGUUGGGAGGCGUGGCCCCCAGUGCAUUGGUGGUGGGCGGGGCAGAAGUUAAGACCGAGACUAUUCCCCAGGACUGUCAGGUCACAAUCACAGAGUCUGGACCCUGGAGAGGCCAGAAUGGCAGGCCGGUCAAUGGGGUCCUCAACAGGUACACACACAGAAUGCUUAACCUAACAAAGCAUAGAUUCUUCAAGUGCAUCUAUUUGGAGGAAGAACCUACGAAAAUAAGGCAUUAACUUGUUAUCUUUUCAAAGAUUGAUUGGAUACGUAAUUCAUUCACAUUGCUGUGGAGUGUCCGUUUCAGCCUGCCUUUGUAAAUGAAUAUUGAGGUGGAGGCCUAGAAGGAAUGUCAUUUGCUUCAACAAAUUGUCUCCCAAGUGCCAAUGACUACCCUAUUCAAAGAGCACCUUGCAUACCAGUCUCCGGCGCUAUACAGUUUUUACCCAUUUGAGCGCUCUACCCAUUGCUUCUUCUCUUCAAUGUGUCUUGUCUCUCCUCUCCAGGGUGUCAGAGAGUAACAGCAAACACCAACCCAGCCCCAACGACAGCACCUGUGUGGCAGCCCGUACGCGGCCCUUACUCAACUGCAGACGACGGAGACUUGUACAGCCUAACACAGUACCUAACCUCAAUGGCAAGGUAUGUUUCUGCAUGUGUACUUGCAGAUCCUUUUAGAUCCAUAGUAUGCUUUCCUCCUGCCCAGCACUAAAACCAAAAUAUAACUUAUCAUUUAAUUGCCUUUCUCCAGUGUUGUGUUUUGUUAUUUAUCCUCUUGUGCUCGUGGAUUACAUUUGACUGUAUUGUGUUAUUGAUUCUAUUGUGUGUUUUGAGUGGGCUGUAAACCUAGGAACAUAAGUCCUGAAGGACUAAUGGGCAUAUUAAAACCCAUUUGUUCCCAAAUCUUUCCCAGACAUACCGCUAUGCAAAUCUUAUGCCAUUAGUAUCCUAACCCGUAAUCCAUAUUGUAAAAAAAAAAAAAAGUUAAAACUAAUAAUUAUUUUCGUUUAUUGUGACCAAUGGAACAAGCAGUGAUCUACCUACAGUGCAUUCGGAAAGUAUUCAGACCCCUUGACUUUUUCCAUAAUUUGUUACAGCCUUAUUCUAAAAUUGUUUUUUCUCCUCAUCAAUCUACGCACAAUAACCCAUAAUGACAAAGCUAAAAUAGGUUUAUAGACAUUUUUGCAAAUGUAUUACAAAUAAAAAAACAUUUACAUAAGUAUUCAGACCCUUUACUCAGUACUUUGUUGAAGCACCUUUGGCAGCGAUUAAAACCUUGGUGUCUUCUUGGGUAUGAUACUACAAGCUUGGCACACCUGUAUUUGGGAGUUUCUCCCAUUCUUCUCUGCCGAUCCUCCCAAGCUCUGUCAGGUUGGAUGGGGAGCGUCGCUGCAUAGCUAUUUUCAGGUCUUUCCAGAGAUGUUCGAUCGGGUUCAAGUCCAGGCUCUGGCUGGGCCACUCAAGAAUAUUCAGAGACUUGCAGGUUUCCUCCAGACGUGACGCUUGGCAUUCAGGCCAAAGAGUGCAAUCUUGGUUUCAUCAGACCAGAGAAUGUUGUUUCUCAUGGUCUGACAGUCCUUUAGUUGCCUUUUGGCAAACUCCAAGCGGGCAGUCAUGUCUCUUCUACUGAGGAGUGGCUUCCUUCUGACCAUUCUACCAUAAAGGCCUGUGGUGGAGUGCUGCAGGGAUGGUUGUCCUUCUGGAAGGUUCUCCCAUCACUACAGAGGAACUCCGGUGCUCUGUCAGUGACCAUCGGGUUCUUGGUCACCUCCCUGACCGAGGCCCUUUUCCCCCGAUUGCUCAGUUUGGCCGGGCGGCCAGCUCUAGGAAGAGUCUCUUGGUGGUUCCAAACUUCUUCCAUUUAAAAAUGGAGGCCACUUUGUUCUUGGGGAACUUCAAUGCUGCAGACAUAUUUUAGUGCCCUUCCCCAAAUCUGUGCCUCGACACAAUCUUGUCUCAGAGCUCUAGGGACAAUUCCUGCGACCUCAUGGCUUGGUUAUUGCUCUGACAUGCACUGUCAACUGUGGGACCUUUAUAUAGACUAUAUAGUGCCUUUCCAAAUCAUGCCCAAUCAAUUGAAUUUACCAUAGGUGGACUCCAAUCAAGUUGUAGAAACAUCUCAAGGAUGAUCAAUGGAAACAGGAUGCGCCUGAGCUCAAUUUCGAGUCUCAUAGCAAGGGGUCUGAAUACUUAUGUAAAUAAGGUAUUUCUGUUUUUUAUUUUAAAUAUUUGCUACAAUUUCUAAACCUGGUUUCACUUUGUCAUUAUGGGGUAUUGUGUGUAGAUUUUAGGAAAAUAAUUUAUUUCAUCCAUUUUAGAAUAAGGCUGUAACGUAACAAUGUGGGAAAAGUGUAGGGGUCUAUAUUUUAGUCAUUUAGCAGACGCUCUUAUCCAGAGCGACUUAGUGAGUGCAUACAUUUUUCAUACUGGCCCCCCGUGGGGAAUGAACCCACAAGCGCCAUGCUCUACCAACUGAGCUACAGGGGACUACACUUUCCGAAUGUGCUGUACCUAUAGUGCCUUCAGAAAGUAUUCAUACCCAUUGACUUAUUCCACAUUUUGUUACAGCCUGAAUUCAAAAUAGAUAAAAAAAAUCACCCAUCUACACACUACCCCAUAAUGACAAAGUGAAAACAUGUUUUUAGAGAUGUUUGCAAAUGUAUUGAAAAUGAAAUGCAUAAAUAUCUAAUUUACAUAAAUAUUCACACCUGAGUCAAUUUGUAGAAGCACCAACAGUCUCUACAGCACUUCACCAAUCUGGGCUUUAUGGGAGGGUGGCCAGACAGAAGCCACUCCUGAGAAAAAGGCACAUGACAGCACGCCUGGAGUUUGCAAGAAGGCACGUGAAAGACUCAGAGUACAAGGCAGAAAAUUCAGUGGUAUUUUUGUUCCCCUCCUGUACUCCCUAUUCACCCACGACUACAUGGCCACACACAACUCCAACACCAAGUUUGCUGAUGACACGAUGGUGGUAGGCCUGAUCACCUGCGACGAUGAGAGCCUACAGGGAGGAGGUUCGUGACCUGGCAGUGUGCUGCCGGGACAACAAACUCUCCCUCAACGUCAGUAAGGGGAACUGAUCGUGGACUACAGGAAACGGUGUGGCGAGCAAGCCCCCAUCCACAUCAACGGGGCUGCAGUGGAGCGGGUCAGGGGCUUCAAGUGCCUCGGUGUCCAAAUCAAUAAGGACUUAAAAUGGUCCACACGCGCACAGUCGUGCUGAAGGCACAACAUUGCCUGUUUCCCCUCAGGAGGUUGAAAAUGUUUGGCGUGGGCCCUCGAAGUUCUACAGCUGCACCGUUGAGAGCAUCUUGGUAUGGCAACAGCACUGCUACAGAAGGUGGUGCGGACAGCCCAGUACAUCACUGGGGCCGAGCUCCCUGCCAGCCAGGACCUCUAUCAGGCGGGGUGAAAGGAAAGUCCGGAACAUUGUUAGACUCUAGCCACCCAAGCCAUAGACUGUUCUCUCUGCUUCCGCACAUCAAGUGUGACACCAACAGGCUCCUGAACAGCUUCUAUCCCCAAGCCAUUUGGACUGCUAAAAAGCUAACAAAAUGUCUACACGGACUGUCUGAGUUGACCCUUGUUUAUUUUAAGUUUUGCGCUGUCUAUGCACACACACAGGACUACGCACACUAACACAACACACACGCACGCCAUUUUGCUCACACAACAUGCAUACACAUUUAUACUGACAACACAAACGCGCGCACACAUUUACAUUUAAAUUUUAGUCAUUUAGCAGACUUACAGUUAGUGCAUACAUAAAAAAUGUUCAUACCCCCUGUGGGAAUCGAACCCACAACCCUGGCGUUGCAAACGCCAUGCUCUAUCAACUGAGCUACAUCCCUGCCGGCCAUUCCCUCCCCUACCCUGGACGACGCUGGGCCAAUUGCGCGCCGCCCCAUGGGUCUCCCGGUCCUGCCGGCUACGACAGAGCCUGGAUUCAAACCAGGAUCUCUAGUGGCACAGCUGCAGUGCCUUAGACCACUGCACCACUCGGGAGACUAGCAUACAAUCAUAUUCGCUGCUGCUACUCUGUUUACCAUAUAUCGAGAUGCCUAGUCACCUUACCCCUAUACAUACAGUAUCUACCUCUAUCGCGUCAGUAUACCUGCACAUUGUAAAUAUGGAAUUGGAAAUUACCCUGUAUAUAGCUUACUUCUCGUCUUUUUAUUUGUGUUUUUGUUCUACCUUAUUUGUAUUACUACAUUUAUAUUGAUUACUGCAUUGUUGGGUUUAGCGCUAGCAAGAAAGUAAUUUCACUGUACCUGUGCACGUUACAUAACUUGAAAUUGUGUUUUCCAGGCCUGGAAAAGUUUCGGAAAAUUAUAAUCUUAAAUUUAGGAAAAGUCAUGGAAAGUAACUUCAUAAUUUCUGUUAAUGUAAUUUAUUUAAGCAGAGUUAUUUUUAUAUUUGAUCAAUGAAAUAAAAAUCAAAUCAGCCAGGCUCGGAAUUACACGUUUGCGCGCAUCACCUGCAUGUGUGUGAGACGAGUGGGCUGUAGCUCAAGGAGAGAGCGAGACAGUCGGACAUUGCAGCAGCAGGUAGGCCUAGCCUAUAAAAUAUAAGAGAAAAGACUAAGUACCCAAUUCAAAACAUAUCUUGUACCCUCUAGUUAACUGUUUAGCUAUUAUUAGCAUGCGUGGAUGUUUUCAUUAUGUCAUGUCCCAAAAAACCCACACUCUCACCAAUAAGGCCGUAAAAAGUUGAUGUACUUACUUGACUGAUUAAUUUAAACAAUUAUUUUUGACGGAACCAACGAUUCACUUCGCCAAUGUAUUAUUUUGUAUUCGGUUCAAUCACAGUGAAUCUAAUCAUGUGAAUCGCGAAAAGUGAUUUUAAGAAAACAUUUUUAGCCCUUUGAAUUAUGUGGCUUCAACUUGUUUUGUACUGUGCCUUCGGAAAGUAUUCAGACCCCACAUUUUGUUACGGAUAAAAUCCUCAGCAAUUUACACACAAUACCCCAUAACGACAAAGCAUAAACCGUUUUUUAUCAUUUUUAGCAAAUGUUUAUUUACAUAAGUAUUUGGACCCUUUGCUAUGAGACUCGAAAUUGAGCUCAGAUGCAUCAUGUUUCCAUUGAUCAUCCUUGAGAUGUUUCUACGACUUGAUUGGAGUCCGUCUGUGAUAAAGUAAAUUGAUUGGACAUGAUUUGGAAAGGCACACACCUGUCUAUAUAAGGUCCCACAAUUGACAGUGCAUGUCAGAGCAAAAACCAAGCCAUGAGGUCGAAGGAAUUGUCCGUAGAUCUCCGAGACAGGAUUGUGUCGAGGCACAAAUCUGAGUAAGGGUACCAAAAAAAUGUCUGCAGCGUUGAAGGCCCCCAAGAACACAGUGGCCUCCAUCAUUCUUAAAUGGAAGAAGUUUGGAACCACCAAGACUCUUCCUAGCGCUGGCCGCCCGGCCAAACUGAGCAACCGGGGGAGAAGGGCCUUGGUCAGGGAGGUGACCAUGAACCCGAUGGUCACUCACAGAGCUCUAGAGUUCCUCUGUGGGGAUGGGAGAACCUUUCAGAAGGACAGCCAUCUCUGCAGCACCCCACCAUUCAAGCCUUUUAUGGUAGAGUGGCCAGACGGAAGCCGCCACUCAGUAAAAGGCACAUGACGGCCUGCUUGGAGUUAAAGACUUAAAGACUCUCAGACAAUGAGAAACAAGAUUCUCUGGUCUGACCACAACACUUUCACCCAGUUCUCCUCGGAAUCAUUCAGAUGUUCAUUGGCAAGCUUCAGACGGGCCUUUAUAUGUGCUUUCUUGAGCAGGGGGACCUUGCAGGAUUUCAGUCCUUCACGGCAUAGUGUGUUACCAAUUGUUUUCUUGGUGACUAUGGUCCCAGCUGCCUUGAGAUCAUUGACAAGAUCCUUCCGUGUAUUCUGGGCGGAUUCCUCACCGGUGAGAUCUUGCAUGGAGCCCCAGGCCGAUGGAGAUUGACAGUUCUUUUGUGUUUCUUCCAUUUGCGAAUAAUCGCACCAACUGUUGUCACCUUCUCACCAAGCUGCUUGGCGAUGGUCUUGUUGCCCAUUCCAGCCUUGUGUAGGUCUACAAUCUUGUCCCUGACAUCCUUGGAGAGCUCUUUGGUCUUGGCCAUGGUGGAGAGUUUGGAAUCUGAUUGAUUGAUUGAUUGCUUCUGUGGACAGGUGUCUUUUAUACAGGUAAAAAGCUGAGAUUAGGAGCACUCCCUUUAAGAGUGUGCUCCUAAUCUCAGCUCGUUACCUGUAUAAAAGACACCUGGGAGCCAGAAAUCUUUCUGAUUGAGAGGGGGUCAUAUACUUAUUUCCCUCAUUAAAAUGCAAAUCAAUUUAACAUUUUUGACAUGCGUUUUUCUGGAUUUUUUUGUUGUUAUGCUGUCUCUCACUGUUCAAAUAAACCUACCAUUAAAAUUAUAGACUGAUCAUUUUUGUCAGUGGGCAAACGUACAAAAUCAGCAGGGGAUCAAAUACUUUUUUACCUCACUGUAGAUACACCUCCAGUUGUUGGUCAUGGAAAUUUGGUGAAAAGUCAUAAGUCCAUCUGUCAAAAUAAAUCCUUAAGUCACUUCCACUGUAUUUUCCCGCUAGUCACCAGUGUGACAAGACAUUUUCAUAUACUGCGAGCAUCAUGUAUUCUAUGUAUUGAAUAUAUAGAGCGGCAGGUAGCCUAGAGGUUAGAGCGUUGAGCCAGUAACCGAAAGGAUGCUGGUUCUAAUACCCGAGCCGAGAAGGUGUGCCCUUGAGCAAGGCACUUAACCCUAAUUUGUGACAGUUUUUAAGAAAUCUCAAUUUAAAAAAGCACAUAUGUAAACUAAACCCUUUAAACAUUUUGUAUUUACAAAUAAAUAAUUGUUUUAAUUUCAACAAUGUAUUUUUAUGCUGUUAAAAGUACACCGUGGUGAGAUGCUCGUGGUCUGGUGACCGUUUUAAUAAAUCAUAUGAAACGAUCAUUCUCUAAAUCAGUUUUUCCCAACUCCUUGAGUACCUCCAACAGCACACGUUGUUUUAGCCCGGGACAAGCACACCUGAUUAAAUUGUCAACUAAUCAUCAAGCCCUCAAUGAGUUGAAUCAGGUGAGUUUGUCCGGGGCAACAACAAAAAUGUGUGGUGUUGACGGUACUCGAGGGCUGGAGUUGAAAUACACUGCUCUAAAUGAUACUAGACACCAUACUAAUGCAUAAUAUGACGCAUUAGUUGAAGUACAACUUUAACUUCUCUAGAGUUUAAAGUACUAACGUUUUGUGCGGUCGCUAUUGUGACUCAUGGGAUUAAAUGGAUAAAUAAACAAGUGACUUUUGGUGCGUCCCUUCCCAGGUCCCGAGAACCAGCGCUGUCCUGUGCAGCUGCAGGGUCAACCCCUCCUCCUGUGUGACAUGCGGGGGUCGCCCCAGCGCCCCCAGAGAAGACCCCCAGUACGAGCUGCCCUCCCUGGAGCGCUUGUCCCACCUGGACCCGGGCGUCCACCCCAUCCUCUCCCUCCCUGAUGGUAAGGAGCCAGGAGCAUAGAACCAUAAUCUAUUUUUAUUAUGUUUGUAUUAGCCAGGAGCCAGCACUGUACAGACUGAUACCAUACACUCCAUAUAUCUCUGUGCCCCUGCUUGGCCUGUUAUGAAAGUGGUGUGGGUGUAUACUGGUCGAAAUACAAAUUAUUUCACAAACGUGAGUCAUUUUUGUCCAUUGCGUUGUCACUAUUCCUGAUAUUUUUGUUAGCUAGCUGCGGUUGUUAGCAGCUAAGCAAGCUAGCUGCUACCUAUAUCAGUCAAAACGGCUUACUAGAUUUCAUCUUGUCAUCCAACUUUUAGCUACAAACCACAGGAUUUGAAAUGGAAUGGAAUGGCGAGAUGGUUGUGUGGAGGAUAUGCUUUGACUUGCUUUCUUGUUGGCUAGCUAAGUUAGCCGCGAUAGCUAGCUAGCAUGCUAGCUAACUGCUUUUCACAUGCCAACUCUUACAAACUACAUUUGAAAUAGUGACUGGCGAGAUAGUUGUUGUUGUUGCUUUGUCUUUUUUGGUGUGGAUUGCUUGGGUUGCUGCUAGCUUGUUUGCAGUGUGCACACCUGAGCCUGUCUCCCCUAGUCUCCUUCUCUCCACCAUAGAGUUUGAAGAAAAAAUGUAAAGCUGUUGGACAUUUGCACAAUACUGGUCUUCAACAAAUCAGACUGGCCUGUCUCGGCUAAAGAGCAUCAUGUUACAACCAUUAAAAAAAUAAACCGUUUGAGAUGGGGUUUUAAUGAAUGGUUCUUCACUACUUUAUGCUUUGGCCACAACUACAAGUAAAGGACGAGUCAACAUCAAUUCAAGUUUUUAGAAUUAGCUUUUUUUUGUUGAUUUUCAGUUACUUUAAGCCUUCCAAAACUAAAGGCCUGUCCUCAGUGGCUUUUGGUUAUUUCAACUCGUGACUUUUUAACAUGACAUUUAGGCUAAUUUGCUUCAAACCUGACAAUGUGCUUCUGAACUAGUCUAGUUUGUUUACCUGCCACCCCACAGAAAAAGGAGAAAAGGUGAGGGAGCUUCAGCUUAAAAACUGUAAAUAAAUGUGGAUAUCUCUUUAGCUAACCUGGCUAACUGUAACUUUCUCUACACGCUCUCGUAAUGUUGCUUAAUGCCUCCUAACAAGGUGACUCCAGUAAUGUAAACAUAUUGCCGUUUAUGACGUAACCACCUUAAGUGGUUCAGACUAGUUGACUGCCAUUCCAGAAGCACCUUGCUUGUAUUAGUUUUCAUUUUCACCUCCCUACUGUACAAUUUAUCAUCAUGGAGAGUGUGAAACAGCCUAUGUUUUAUAUAAACCCCUCCAUUCCUCCACUCACCUUGUCCCUUUUUCCUUCUCUCCUCUGCACCGACCAUAUCUUCUCGUGGAUAACAGUGAGUGUGCGUUUCUCUCCUUAGAUGUGUGUAUGAGCCUGCGGCUGCAGCAGGUGAUGAAGAGCCACUGGCAGGGCAAGGCCCCCGAGAGAACCAAGCCCCUCAAGAAGCUCUCGCUUAAACACAAGCUCUCCUCCAAAGACAAGCACAUCAAGCUGGCCAACUCGCUCAUGGCACACAGUGAGUAUAUGCGGGCAGAAGCACACACACAUAUAUGACGCAAUCCAAUACACACCUAGUGUAGUCAUACACACCUACUUAUAUACUUAUGCACACAACCUUUGGAAAGCAAGGUGUUUUCCACAAACAGUCAGGGAGUACACAUAUGACCCCUUGUGGACACAAAGAUACACACCCACUCGCACACAUAUAUGGGCACCAAAAGGAGAUAAACACAGCCUUUGGAAAUCAACUUGUCAGCCAUAGUCGAGUAUACACAAGGACUUUUGUCACAUUUGUUUUUUAUUUUACCAGAAUGUCUCUUGCCACACACACACCACCCUAGCUGUGUAGAAUUAAAAUCCCCUGACCAGUUUCUCUCCCCUCACCCCACAGGACUGUCUCACUAUAAGAGCCGGGCUGAGAAGCUGCAGCGACGACAACACCACCACCUGGAGGGCAACUGUGGGGUGCUGAGCGCCGCCAGGCUGGAGGGCCAGUCCCUCUGUAAGGCCGAGCGGCUUCUGCACGGCCUCCCCUCACCCUCCACAGGGCCCUAUGACCGGGGCUACAGUCGCAAGAGGCCCCGAGAGCACUUGCUGGACAGGACCCACGGCUGUGAGUUAACCACACUACUCAGAAGAACCCGACCUGGGUGAAAUACUUAAGCUGUGUUUAAUCAGCUUGCCAGGUGCAAUGGAAUCAAUGGACUAGUCCCAAAAGUGCAAAUCCCAAACUAAAUCAAGCUCCUCUCAUGUACUUCUGAGUACUUGAAAGCAUCAUUUGACAUAGGUUAUGUAUUUGACCCAAGUCUGCUCCGAACACACAAUCUGCUAUCCAUUUACAAUGCAAAAGAUGUCAUAACAAUCAUGACUAGUUGUCAAUCUCUCUUUUCCCCUUUCUCUUCCAGCCACCCCAAAGCUCUUCCUGGACUCGGGCAGCCCCUGCUCGUCCUUGGCCAGCCUACACUCGUCCCUCCACAGCCCCUCGCUAACCCGCCAGCUGUCCACCUCUUCGGAGAGCUCCAUCCCCAUGGGCCCCAACAGCUUCAGCUUCUCCAACACAACCGUAAGAUCAUCACAGCUUCUAUUGACCGUGUGUGUGUGGCCUAGGUGGAUCAUGAAUGUUCAGAUAAAAUAUGCAUUUUGUAUAACGUGAUUUUCUGUAAUGUAGAAUUGGGCAUCAUAUCAGUUCUGUUAAUUCCAUUUCUAUCUGCACUGUUCUGAAUGUUUCCCCUCACUAAAUACAAACCAUACCUGUUCAUAAUUGACUGGAUAAAUAGCUGUAUGAAUAAAGAUUAAAUAAAAUAAAUAAACCUCUGCUCCCCCUCAGCAGCCCAUCCGGAGGAGGCGAGGCGAGAGCUCCUUUGACAUCAACAACAUUGUGAUCCCCAUGUCUGUGGCGGCCACCACGCGCGUAGAGAAACUACAGUACAAAGAGAUCGUCACCCCGAAUUGGCGCGAAGUAGACAUUUUCUCCCAGCCAAUGGCAGAAGAGGAGAACGACACAGAGGUAAGAUGUUGCUUCAUUCCUAAGCCCUGCUUUGGGAACUGCCAUGUAUUUUGAAUGACCAACAUUUUACCUUGCUUCGUUCUUUUAACUCUUUAUGGAUCAAAGAGUCCUAUUUAAAUAACAAAUUUCUGUGUGUGUAGAUGGAGGAUCUCUCAGACGCGGCCUUCUCCCAGCUCCACCAGCCAUGCCAGGAUCAGGAACGUUCCCGCUGGACCUGGAUGGCCCUGGCCCCCGCCAAGAGGAGGGGCAGUAGGUCAGUAGGGGGCGCCUACAGUACACCCAACACGCACUCAUACACAGCACAGUACCUCAUCUCCACUGCCAUACUCAGUUUAGAUAAAUGUUCUCUACUUACUACAUCUGUGACCUAUUUGAUCAAUGUCAACACAUCAUUUAGUUGGAAAUAUUUUAGUGGGGUCUUUGCACAUUGUCAAUAUGCACUGAGUGUACAAAACAUUAGGAACACCUGCUCUUUCCAUGGCAUAGAUUGACCAGGUGAAAGCUAUGAUCCCUUGUUGAUGUCACCUGUUAAAUCCACUUCAAUCAGUGUAGAUGAAGGGGAGGGGACAGGUUAAAGGAUUUUUAAGCCUUGAGACAAUCAAGACAUGGAUUGUGUAUGUGUGCCAUUGAGAGUGAAUGGGAAAUACAAGAGAUUUAAGUGCCUUUGAACGGGGUAUAGUAGUAGGUGCUAGAUGCACCGGUUUGAGUGUGUCAAGAACUGCAACGUUGCUGGGUUUUUCACGCUCAACAGUUUCUCGUGUGUAUCAAGAAUGGUCCACCACCCAAAGGACAUCCAGCCAACUUGACACAACUGUGGGAAGCAUUGGAGUCAACAUGGGACAGCAUCCCUGUGGAACGCUUUCGACACCUUGUAGAGUCCAUGCCCCGACAAAUUUGAGGCUGUUCCACUAAAAGUUAACGAUCACUUGAUAAAUGAGAAAGAAUGGGUGCUCUAUAAAGAAGUGGUAGGUUAGUAACUUGGUAGUUAAGUUUGUUCUCUAUUUGUGGCACAUUUCCUUUGUUCUACGGUCUACUCACACCACAACCUUUGACCCUCAGGUCGUACAAGUCCAUGGACGGCAGGACCACGCCGCUGCUGUGCAGCACCAACCCGCCCACUCCCCAGCCGGCGUCCCCCGACCCAGGACACUGCCCCCUGCUGAAUGACUACAGCCACGUGGCCUCGCCCAUAAGCCCAGAUGCCACCUCCAACCCCCACACACCGUGCUCACGCGACUCCCACCGCCUGCUGUCCAGUGAGGACACGCGCUGCUCCACACCUGACUUCACCUUCGAGGAGAGGGUGAGGAUGAGUGUAACAACACACAAACAGACACACAUACGCACACAAAGAAUAACAGCACCUGGUCUUCGAGUCACUGUGCCCAAUAGUUUUCAUGUUGUGAUGAUGACAUGAUAUUCAGACAUGGGAAAGCAGUCACAAGUUAUAGCAGUUAUAUUGACCCUAGAAGACUAGGACGUUGCUGUACAUUCUGAGCUCUCAUUUGGUGAAUGUUGGAAAGUGAAGAGCGAGAACCAUUUUUUUGAUCAAUUUGCAUCAUUAGAUUAACUUGAUUAACAAAUUGUUGAUUUCAUGGUUUUCAGUUGUACUUAAAUUGACCCAAUGAUUUCCCGAAACAGACGGUGGCCCCGUGGGAGCAUCGAAAUUUCCCCCUGCCCGAGGACCCCGCUCCGGAGCCCGAGGUGGAGGGGGAAGAUGAGAGGAGGAGUUCGCGAGAGCGCAGCGUCUCGUGUUGCCCGUCGACAAGCUACGACACAGAUAGCCCCUUGCCUUAUGAUGACGACGCCCCCAAACAGAAGGGCCAUGCCCACCAAUGA